UCUUCAUCUUCUCUUGGUCCUAGCAAGGUGCGGAUCCUCAGAUCGGAUCUCAAUGGGGACGCAGCAGCUCAGCUUUGUUUCUUAAAUCUUUUAUAUGAUUUCCGUACUACGUAUACAACUCUAAAUUUUUCAGCACAAGAAAGCAUCGGGUUCCGGGUUUGCGCAGUCAUAGAAAGCUCCGAUUUGUUGAGACAGAGAUGGCAACCUCACGCAGCAUUGUGCUAGACCGCAAGUACUAGGACCAUUGCUGACUGCCGGAUAUAGAUCGCCAGAUCUAGACCAAGGGGUCUCGCUUUCUUCUCACUGUUACUUCUAUCAUCUCUCCAAAUGAUCCAAGUUCCAGCUCAAGGCACUGGACCCUGCAACUACUUGCGAGACAGCACGGGAUAUCUAUCUCUGCAACAAGAUCCGUCUCUCAUCUCUCUAGUCCAUUCAAGUACUAGUUCAAGCGUGAGCUAACCCUGCAACCGAUGGCGGGGGUUCUGGAUGCUUUGGCAUCCUACGUGACCAGCAUGCUUCCCGAGAUGGCCAAAGAGGAGGUGGCCAUGCUAAUCGGCGUAUCCGAUGGGAUCAAAGACCUGAACAUCAAGCUUGGGGACCUCAAGAAUUUCCUUGCUGAUGCUGAUAGGAGGAACAUCACCGAUGAGAGUGUGCGGGGGUGGGUGGGCGAACUGAAGCGUGCCAUGUACCUAGCCACCGACAUUGUCGACCUAUGUCAGCUCAAGGCCAUGGAGGAAGGUCAAACAAAGGACAGAGGGUGCCUGAACCCUCUGCUUUUUUGCAUGUGGAAUCCCAUCCACACCCACGACAUCGGCACCCGCAUCAAGCUGCUCAACCAAAAUUUGGAUGAUAUUUGCAAGAGGGGCAGCAGUUUCAAUUUCAUCAAGCUAGAAGCCUACCACGACCAAAAGACCACUCCGUCUCCCGCCACUAGCCGCAAAACAGAUUCACUAAUAGAGCGGUCCGGUGUGGUUGGAGAGAAGAUCGAGGAGGACACGAGGGCACUUGUGGAGGUGCUUACAAGGGAGGUGGUAGGUGACAAGAAUGGUCGCCUCGUCGUGGUCGCCAUUGUUGGUAUCGGAGGGAUUGGUAAGACUACCCUCGGCAAGAAGGUCUUCAAUGAUGAGGCCAUCGAAGGCAAGUUUACUAAGAAGAUAUGGCUUAGCAUCACACAAGAUUUCACCGAUGUUGAGUUGUUAAGCACGACCAUCACUGCCAUUGGGGCAGAUCUGCCUAGAGGGGGUGGGGCUCAAGACAAGGCCCUACUCGUCGAUGCUCUCAAGAAUGCCAUCAAGGACAAGAAGUUCUUUCUUGUACUAGAUGACAUGUGGGAUGUCGAUGCAUGGAACAAACAUCUAAUGACUCCCUUUAGCUAUGGUGGCCCCGGUAGUAGAGUCCUCAUCACCACCAGACAUGACACUGUAGCCCGAAGCAUGAAAGCCUUUCAUCCGUACCAUCAUGUUGACAAAUUAGCUCCACAAGAUGCUUGGUCAUUGCUCAAGAAGCAGGUACUCACAUCAGAGGAAAAUGAACCAGAAGUUGAUAUGCUAGAAGAUAUUGGGUUUCAGAUUGUAGCAAAGUGCGAUGGUUUACCACUUGCUAUAAAAGUUAUGGGUGGACUCUUAUGCAAGAAGGAGAAAACACGACGUGAUUGGCAAGAUGUCCUGAAUGAUGAUAUCUGGUCAGUAUCUCAAAUGUCAAAGGAACUAAAUUAUGCCAUAUAUCUCAGCUAUCAGGACUUAUCCCCGUACAUAAAACAGUGCUUCUUGCACUUCUCCCUUAAACCAAAAAAAACAGUGAUAAAUGAUUCUGAAAUUGUGUCCAUGUGGGUUGGUGAAGGAUUGGUUGAAGGAGACACAUAUAAGCGUAGUUUGGAAGAAGGGAAUAAGUACUAUAAGGAGCUAAUAGUAAGGAACCUUAUAGAGGUAGAUACAGAGUACCCUAGUCAACUUAUUUGCAACAUGCAUGAUGUUAUCCGCUCAUUUGCUCAAUUUGUGGUUAGGGAUGAAACACUAGUAGGUCACAAUGGAGAUACUAUCAAAAAAAAUCUUAGAUCACCGAAUUAUCUUAGAUUAUCCAUAGAAACAAAAGGAGCAGGAUCCGAUGAAUUUGAGUGGAGAUAUUUAAGAGAGCAAAAAUUGCUUAGGUCACUAAUAUUAACUGGAAACCUCAAAAGUCAGCCUGGGGAUUCGUUGACUAUCUUCCCAAGUCUACGUCUUUUGCAUAUAGAUUCUGCAAAUAUUGCUGCACUGGUUGAAUCUAUGUACCAACUCAAGCAUUUGAGAUAUUUGGCAUUAAAGAGGACUGAUAUGUGUAGACUACCAGAGAACAUCCAUGAGAUGAAGUUCCUACAGCAUAUUUGCCUUGAAGGUUGUGGAAGUUUCAUGAAACUUCCUGAUAGCAUUAUCAAGCUGCAAGGGUUGAGGUUCCUUGAUAUUGAUGACACUCUUGUUAAUAGUAUUCCUAGGGGUUUCCGAGAUCUUACAAAUUUGAGUGCACUAUAUGGGUUUCCAGCCUAUACUGAUGGUGACUGGUGUAGUUUGGAAGAGUUGGGGUCUCUUUCCCAGCUCAAUGAACUUUCACUAGAGAGCCUAGAAAAUGUAUCUAGUGCCUUGUUGGCUGCAAAGGCAUGGAUAAAUGCAAAGAAACAACUUACCUAUCUUGGUUUGAAAUGUGGUGGUAGAGUGGGAGAUGGGUUGGUCCAAGGAGAAGUCUCUGAUUCUGAGAAGAAAAUAAUUGAGGCGGUGUUUGAUGUGCUAUGUCCUCAGCCUUGCAUAGAACACAUCAAAAUAAAAGGAUAUUUUGGUCGUCGGCUCCCAGGAUGGAUGACAUCCACAGCUAUGGUGCCUCUCGAGAGCUUGAAGCUUCUAGUCCUCGAGGAUCUGCCUUGCUGCACCGAACUCCCAGAUGGCUUGUGUGGGCUCCCGUAUUUGGAGUGGCUGCGAGUGUCCAAGGCUCCGGUAAUCAAGUGUAUCGGUCGUGAAUUCAUCCAACACUACAAUCAGCGGCACCGCCAUUCAGUGGCUGCGAGUGUCCAAGGCUCCGGUAAUCGAGUGUCCAAGGCUGCUACAUUUCCUAGACUCCAGAAGCUGACUUUUGAAGGAAUGGAGGAGUGGGACGAGUGGAUUUGGGAGACAGAAGUGAAAUCUAUGCCCUUAUUGGAGGAACUUGAAAUCAAUGCUUGCAAACUAGACCGUCUACCUCUGGGGCUUAUGUCCCAUGCAAUGGCUUUGAAGAAGCUAGAGAUAUGGAACGUCGAUGCUCUCAACUCCCUAGAGAACUUUGUUUAUGUAGUUGAGCUCGACUUGUAUGACAUACCCGAAUUGGUCAACAUCUCCAAUCUUCCAAAAUUACAAAAGCUUACAAUCAAGUACUGCCCAGAGCUUGAGUCCCUGCAGGAGAUGUCUGCACUCCGGAGACUCGAGCUGACCAUUUUCAACAGCGAAAAUGAACUUCCGGUCUACCUGCAGACUGUAAAGCCUAGUCAUUUGCUGCUGACCUGCAGCCUUCAAGUACUCACUUCCAUGGCUGAGGGUGAAUCUAGCUCCGAGUGGGACAAGUUCAGUCAUAUCAAGCACGUCGAGGCUUAUGCAAAGGAUGGAAAAGAUGAGAAGAAAUGGCACGUGCUCUACAUAUCUGAAUCCUGCAACAUACAGACAAAUAUUCAUCAGGGUCGAUUGGUGGAAGAAGAGGAAUUGGGCGCAACUCAAGCACAGCAAUGAAUGGGACAUAUGAUGCAAGAAUAUAUAUCCGUGCAGGUGGAAUCAAGUAAAUUAAGGCUGCCUCCACUUCCUUCCUACGGCUAGUGAGUUGGCCAUGCAAACCCCCGACUACUGUGAUGGUAUAGUUUUCCAUCUGUUGCAGUGAACUCCAUAUGAAGCUAGAGCUCGGUUCUACCGUCACACUUGAUAUAUAAGCGAGACCCAUAAAGGCUUUGCUGCCAGGUAAAUGGUAGUGCUGUAAUUCCGAGAUGUGAGUAAGGAAAAUGGUAUGUCUUGUAAUCCUGAGAUGUGAGUCGGGAAAAAAGUAUUGAUUCAUUUGUAUCAUGAUAACAUGACUUUAUUAAGCUUAGAACAAUGUGAUGUAUGUUAUUGAAGUUGUGACCCACAAUACAUGGUAUAUCUCCUUUGAUGCUUAAUUAGGCUGGCAAGCUCAGUUCGUUUCAA